AUGGCAGCAGGCACGAAGGACGACGGGCCAGCGAUCGGCAUCGACCUCGGGACGACCUACUCCUGCGUGGCCGUGUGGCGGCCGGUGCACCAGCGCGUGGAGGUCAUCGCCAACGACCAGGGCAACCUCACCACGCCUUCCUGCGUCGCCUUCACCGAGACCUGGCGACUCAUCGGCGACGCGGCCAUGAACCAGGCUGCCAUGAAUCCCGUCAACACCGUCUUCGAUGCGAAGCGUCUGAUCGGUCGACGAUUCAGUGAAGAGUCCGUGCAAGGAGAUAUGAAGUUGUGGCCAUUCAAAGUCAUUUCAGGCCGCAGUGGUCGCCCGAUGAUCGUGGUGAAGUACAGGGGUGAGGAGAAGCAGUUUGCGGCUGAAGAAAUCUCGUCCAUGGAGCUUGUUAAGAUGAGGGAGACAGCCGAGGCCUACCUUGGCACCACGGUGAAGGAUGCUGUCAUCACCGUCCCAGUCUACUUCAACGACUCGCAGCGCCCACUACUACAAAAACAGCUAUGCGCCAUCGCUGGCCUCAACGUCACACGCAUCAUCAACGAGCCCUCCGCUGCUGCCAUCGCCUAUGGUCUUGGCAAUACUUCUGCUUAUGGCGGAGCAAAGACGGUGCUCACAUUUGAUUUUGGUGGUGGUACCUUGGAUAUCUCUGUCGUCAACAUCGACGAAGGCACAUUUACAGUUAAGGCCACCUCUGGUGACACCCACCUUGGAGGGGAGGAUAUCAACAACCGGAUGGCGGAGCACUUCGUUCAGGAUUUCUUCAAGAAACACAAGAGUGACCUCAGAAGCAGCCCGAAGGCACUUAUGCGGCUUAGGAUGGCCUGCGAGAGGGCCAAGAGGAUGCUGUCUUCCACGGCGCAGGCCAAGUUUGAGAUCGACUCACUCCACAACGGCAUUGACUUCUGUGGGACCAUCACCCGGGCGCGUUUCGAGGAGCUCAACUUGGACCUCUUCAGCAAGUGCAUUAUGCAUGUGGCGAAGUGCCUUGGCGAUGCUGAGAUGGACAAGUCACAGGUCCACGACGUCGUGCUCGUGGGUGGCUCCACCAAGAUCCCCAAGGUGCAGCAGAUGCUGCAGGAUUUCUUUGACGGGAAGAAGCUCUGCAAGAAAAUUAAUCCGGACGAGGGCGUCGCCUACGGCGCUGCUGUUCAGGCCGCCAUCCUCAACGGCGAGUACAACCAGGAGGAGCAGGACUUUCUCCUGCUUGACGUCACGCCACUCUCGCUCGGGAUAGAGAUAGACGACGGUGACAUGUCCGUGGUGAUACCCAGGAACACUACCAUCCCCGGUAAGAUGGACGGGGGUUACACGACCAUCGUUGACAACCAGACUGGGGCACCUAUUCGCCCGUACGAGGGUGAAGGGGCUUUGACCAAGGACAACAGGCUUCUGGGCGUGUUCACGCUCACUGGCAUCCCUCCAGCGCCAAGAGGCGUGCCAAAUUUCAAAGUGACGUUCGAAAUCGAGGAAAACGGCGUUCUGAAGGUCGUGGCAAAGGACAGGGAGACCGGAAACAAGAACAGCAUCACCAUCGCCAGCGACAAGGGUGGGCUGAGCAAGUACGAGAUAGAUCGUAUGGUGCGUGAUGCUAACAAGUGCAAGUCUGAGGAGAAGAAGCAGAUGAAGAACGUGAAGGAGGAACGCGGAUAG